GUUUCUUUCCCCUUUCCCCUAAUUUUUCUCAACUGAUUCCGCCAGAAAGGUAAUUUUUUUGGGCAAACCAUUUGAUGAGUAAAUCGUCGUAAUAUAGAAGUAGAAAUCUUGGUGUAGCAUGUUGAAAUUUGGACAUAAAUUGUGAUUAGUUGAUGGUGAGGAUAUCAACUCUCUAUAGUUUUCAACUUUAUGUUUACGUUCUUCAUUUAUUUACUUGACUGGUUGGUACAAAAACAGGUUCUGAAGCUAAAAUCUUUCUCCAAGUUUGAGGUUGAGAACACCUCAGAAGCUCUUUCAGUAGUUAUGUUGUUGAUAAAUUGCAAGACCAACAAAGGACUGCGCAAGUUCUUGAAAGCACACUGUGAUGAGGAAACUUUGGUAGUUGUUGAUUCAAAGCUUGGAAAUGCAAUUAAACAGAAAUUGCAGGCUUUUCAAAAUAUUUUGCUCCAUCAGUCAACAACUCAAAAUGUAUGUUGUCAUCAGAUCGUUGGAUCAUUCAAUUUCUAAGAUUCAAAGUGAGUUGCCUUCAACUAAGGAUCCUCUAAUUCCACGGAUAACUGCAGAGGUUCCUUCAUUGAGCACAGAUUCUGGAGGACGUAGGCAGAGAAAGAAGACAUUUAUAGUUAUUGGGAUAAACACGACCUUCAGUAGUAGAAAAAGGCGUGAUUCUAUUAGACAGACUUGGAUGCCUCAAGGUGCAAAGCUACAUAGAUUAGAGCAAGAAAAGGGGAUCGUUGUGCGUUUCAUGAUAGGCUACAAAUAAGCCAUGAGAGAUUCAGACACAGUAUGUCGCACAUUUUCUCACCUGUUCUAGAGGCUGUUUACAACUUCGUAAUUUUUGAGGUAUCUCUAAAUUGAGUGAUAAUUACAUUUAUGUUUGAGGAAUAAGCUCAGUCACCAAAAAUUUCCAGCUCUUCUUUCGGUGCACUUUAUUGUAUUCAGAUCUUGCUAUUGAAUUUAAUCCUGAAGAAGUUUGUACUAAGUUCAAAAAUAGAAGUUCAAGUUAUAACAUCACUUUAGGUUCAGAACAAAAAGACGAGUACAACCAUCUAAACUAAUGAAAGUUAUUGGAUUAUCCAACAAACUGGAUUGCAUUAGUCAUUUUUAUGUACUCUUGAUAAAAUAAUAAUCAUUUUUUAUGUACUAAGAUGUUUUUGCACUUUCUUUUUCAAGAAGGGAAUAAUCAUUACAUUUGUUUGAGAGCUUAUUACAAGACCAGUUGAAGGAUAAGUUGAAAUAUUAUGUAUUAGUAGGUUUUAAGUUGCUCACCCUCCUCUCAAUGAAAAAGAGAAAGUGAGACUUGAGAAGGACAUGCUGAUUUUAGAAUCAGACAUCUAUUUGAAGUAAGUAAAUGCUACCAUAUCUCCAUUGAUAAUAUGUAUUGUUGCUAUGAGAUCUUUAUCUUUUGGCAUGUGAAUCAAGUAAACUUAUAUGAGUAUAAGAAUGGUAAAAAUAAAACAUUAGAAAGGAAGGAUUGUUUUUAAUGAAAAAGAGAAGUGAAAUGCACAUGAAUAGUAGCCAUUGGAUUGCUAAUUUCUGUUUAUGACUGCUAAGUUGCUCAAUCUUGAAUUUUUUAUAUUUGUUCUUUUGUUUUAUUAGAGAUUGUAACUUUGACAUUGAAGUCAUGUUUAUGACUGCUAUCCUACUUAAUCUUGGGCUUCUUUUUUCUUUAAGUAAUACCCAUUUCAGGUAACUUUUAAAGAACAAAACAAAGUUAUUGCAGUGUAAGGAGAAAAAAAUUGUGGCUUUCUAUAUAUUACCUAAUAAGACUCAUUUGUCCUGGAAAGUUGGCUACGUUGCAUGUGUGGUCGAUCUCUUUCACGGCAUGGCGGUACAAUCAGACAGUCAGUCAACCUAAGCAACAAGAGAACCUCUUUACUGCAACUAGAUAGAUGCUCAGCAUAAACUUUGGUUUUAAAGUCUUAAUUUCUUAGUGAAUUUUGGUGGAAACAAAGUUGAAAUGUUCUUUUUGUCA